AUGGAACCGCCCACAAAGAGGCCAAGGCUCGGUCAACAGUCGAAAGAAGACGAAGAUGAUGAACUCAACUAUGAGCCCGAGGAGGUGUCUCAGAUGCGGGAUCCCGGCUUUCGCUUCGAGCAGUUCCGUGCCUUUUCCGCCUUCAAGCUGAAAUCAACAUUUGAACACAUCUUUCAAAAGUACGAAAAGGACUUCACUGGUAUCGGUGAUGAGAUCGACCUCAGGACCGGCAAGAUCAUUACGAAUAAUGGCCACUUGGCUGGCAUGAGAAGUGAGAGAGACACUGGAAUCCUCGAGGAUGAUGAGGAAGAAGACGAAGAUGAGGGCGUACUCUUGGAGGAAGCAUUCGCAUCCGACGACGAUGAGGAGGAUGAUGGCUCAGGCGAGGAUGGGACCACAGAUGCGUCAGACAACGAAGACGACGAAGAACGAAUCUUACACGGCAAGAAGGAUGAAGAAUCUCACUCAGGGGCUCUCAUAAUCAAGCAAAAGGGCGAACUGCAGCGGCAUCCAAAUCGGUCAAUCGCCCCUCCAGGUGAAUCAAUACCAGGAUCCGGCCAGCGGCUGUCCAGCCUUGCUCAACCACGCCAGCCAGGACUCGGCACUUCGAGUCCUUCAUCAAACGUUUGGGGACAUGAACCAGAACCUGUCGACCCGACGUGGAGGGUCCCCGAGAUUAGCAAGCCCAAACUUGGCGACGACUUGAUGACGAGACUUUAUGGUGCCAGAUACCGCUUCCCCGCCAGUCGCGGGUUCAAGUCUUUAUGGUCUUCGCGGCGCGAUACCGAAGAGGAGAAAGCAUUGCCCGAACCUGCUCAGAUUGACAUGAAGCAGCUCAUCCGCGCGAGAAACGAAGUCCCGAGGAUGGCGAGACCAAUGUCAACAAAGCUACUGCAGGCAUUUACCGACCAAGACGACGAUAAUGAAGACGAUGAUCUUGGGGUUGCCGUUGCAGAUAAGGAACCUAGAGCUGCGAAGAAAACAUCGGGCAACACGAAUUCUACCUUGGAAGAGGCAGCAAGCACCAAUGCCGAAGAGAACCGACAUGAAGCUGAACCAUCUACCGAAAUGGAACCAUCACAUCCGAAACUGAACGUAUCAAAUGCCCUCUCCAGAGAGAUUGGCUGGCUCAACCAGAAUAAAACUUCUGUAAAAGAAGGCUCAAGGCCGAGGAAACAACUCGUUCCGGCCAAAGUCGUCAAACCAGCAGAAGCUCCCAAAGAGACAGAAGUUACCAACCCGAGUCAAUCAACCGAGAAACAAGCUCAACAACAACCGUCAAACCUACCGACUAAAGUUAACGUUGAAGCUGAAAUUGACCAGAGCCUCACUAGUUUUGUGACGGAACACGAGUUGCGGGGCAGACCAAUGCAGCGAUUCGUUAUCGAACUAUUUUCCAAAAUCCCCUCUCCAGAGGAGAUCACAUUAGUCGAAGAUCCCGAAGAUAUGGACAUAUUUGAGUCGGAUCACCAACAUGAGGCACUGACACCUCAGCUUGCUAACCUGACUGUCUCCGAGAACACUUCGAAAGGUCUUAUGAUGGAGGAUAGCCCUGAGGCCGCCACGGUCAAGACGACUGCGCCAGUAGAAGCACCAACUCAGAAAGCCGCUGAACCGCCAAAAGAAACAUUUGUCAGGCAUAAGAUCGACCCCUCGUACGACUUCUCUGAUGACGAUGAAGGCAUUCCCACGACUCGCAUUGGAAAGCUUCGCACCAAGGGGAAGACAAUUACUGUUCCAGGCACGGUCGAGGUGGCGACUGUAAUAGAGGCCACGUCCGAGCCUUCGAAAAUAAUUUCCAUAACGGAGGACUGCCGGUCAUCUCAUAUGGAGUCCAAUGACGCACCCUCCACGGCCAGCGAGGCUUUGAUAGAGCCUAGUGGCAUCAAUGCCAAAAUUUCUGAGCAGCAGGUCGAGGGGCUCCCAGCAGUGAGUGAGGAACAGGGCAUUAUUCAAGUUGAAGAAGCUGGCGAAGGGUCCACUGGAACCGAUACGAACUUCACGACCUUGUCAGCGGAAAGAUUGCCUGAAAUCAGUCAAACAGAGGGGCAUUCCCCCACAGAAACAGCGAAUAUGGUGGGCGUGGAGGCUGCUUCGCACAAUGAGGUCUCGGUGGCGCAGGAGCCGCAGACUCCCACGAGCUCAGGGCAAAAUCAGCUUACACAGGUCAAUCAAGACGUAGUUGAAGAAGCGAUCUUUGAGGAGGCUCAAGAGAUCCAGGAGGGGAUCCAGGAGGAAACACAGGAGGACAUACAGGAGGAGACUAACGAAGCUCCUCAAAGUGAGCCCGAGGAACCCCAACAAAUGAAAGAAACACAGCAAGAAAAGGAGGAGGAAGUAAUCGAGCCCUUCACGGUCCCCCUCGGCCUCGACGAGAUCGACGAUACAAGCGCGCCCGAAGCCGAAUCCGAAGCCAUGGAAAUCGAGCUUCCCAUCCUCCCACCACAACUAGGAGCAAGCCUCCUCGGGCCGCCCCUCCGAAGAGCCCGUCAAACAUCGCCGACGAAACCCUCAGAAGUCAUCGACAAGACGGCCACGUCACCCUUCAAGCACAUGCAUCUCCAAUCCAGCAGUCCUCUCAAAAAGUACUCGGUCUCCAAAUCACCAGCCAAAACUAGCAAAGCGUCCAAGUCCCGCUCUUCCGCCACCUCAGAGCGCAAGACGAAACCGAGAAGCCGCAAGCCUGCGGCCUCAACGCUCGACAAGUCAGAAUCUCUCACGCCUCCUCCCGCCUCCAGUCCCUCGCCUCACCAUACACAUGACCAAAAGGCCGUCCCUAGCACACCAUCCUCAUCGAGACACCAAUCCCGACCCACAAAGGACUCAACCUCGAGGAAAUUCUUCAUUUCCCUCCUCUCCGACGAUGAAGACGAACUCACCCUAGACCUCUUCAAAACCCGGACGACAGCUUCGGGCUUUGGCGGCGGCUCAUCGGCCGAACGCAGACGAACGUCCUACACCCCAGUCCUCCUCGCCGGGCCACACACCAAGAUUACGACGCCCAUGAAGCAGAGAAGCCCGCUUGUCCCCGGAAGCGGGAACGUAGGCGCGACUACAGGCACAGAGACUACUAGGGGCAAGAAGCGCAAGGCGGCGUGGGCGUUUGCCACGCCCACUAGAGUUCACUUUGGCAGUCCGUCGGGCUCACUCGUGCGAACGCCAGGCGGGAAUAUGAGGCGGUGCGGUGAGAAUGGAUUCCGGUGCGACAGAGAUUUCUGCUUCACUUGCCUGUGA